AUGGAAAUUUUAAAUUUAUCGGUAGAAUUUCACGUACCGGAUGGUGGCACUUUAAAAAAGAUUGUUAGGGUCGAUAACUCGACCAAGGUUGGUGAUAUGGCACGUUUACUUUUGGAUAAGUUUGGUAGAUCAGAGUUUGACCCAUCACAAUUUCAAUUAAUAGUCCCAACCAAAUCAUCAAAUAUUCAGUAUACAGCUUUAUCAGAUUUAAAUAAAUCGUUAUCAAGUUACAAUAUUAAAAAUAAUGAUGAUUUAAUUUUAAAGAAAAGACAAAAGAAAUCAAAUCCAACAAGUGCAAAAUUAGCAUCAAAAAAGAAACCCGAAAGUAUUUUUAAAACAUUAUUUUCAAUGUCAACACUUGAAAUGAAAUUAGGCGAUAAUGAUAAAGUUACCCCAGAAAUUACCGAAGUCGAAAAUCAAAUUGACGAUUUAACAAUUUUAUUUAAAUCAUUUGAAUAUUUAAAUAAUUAUUUUAAUCAACACAAAGAAAUUAACGAUAUUUUAAUAAUAUUUCAAUAUAGCGGCAGCGAACAAGAAAUAUCAGAAUUGGUAAAAUCCACUCUUUCAAACCAAACAUCAUCAUCGUAUGACAGUGUCGAUAUAACACAAUAUCAAAAAAAUCCAAAAAUUUUAGGUAGCUUUAUUUUAUCAUUAUUACAAGUUAUAUUUUCACAAAAUUCAUCAUACUCUCUGUACACUACAUAUUUAAAAUCGACAACAUCAGCAGUCACAACCUCCACAGAUACUAGAUCAACAUAUUUUUACGAAAUACCAAUCAAAAAUAGAAUUAUUUUAAAACAUAUCAUGCUAUUCAAAUCUAUAGAGGCUUUAUCAAAUAUUAUUGGUCCAUUCAUAUUGGGAAAUGUUUUAUUAGAUCCACCACCACAAACAAAUUCACCAGCUUUAUUAGGUGUAAAUAAUCUACAACAAACAAAUAUUAUAACGGCGAGCGGCAGUAAUUUAGAAAAUAGUAAUAAUAGUUUAACCAACUCAAUCGGGGGUGAUGAAAGUCCUGAUUUUACUUUAAAUAUGAUGAGUGGAAGUGUCGGCGGCGUAAAAAGAGAAAAUAGUGGUAGUUCAUUGUUAAAUAUAGGUUCGAUUGGUGGUACACUAAAUCAUUUAAGAAAUCAAAGUAAUGAUAAUAAUAAUGGCAGUAAUAAUAAUACCAAUAAUAGUAAUAAUAAUAAUAACAAAGACUCAAAUAGAAUACUAAGCCAAACCGAAAGUUUACUUUGUAAAAAGGUAGCAAGUGAUUUAAUUCAAAAUAUACCUUUAUAUUUAUUAUUUUCACAUUUUAAAAUAUCACAAUUAGAUGGUGAAAAGGUCUUAUUCUCAUCAGAGAAUAUUUAUUGUAUAGAUAAAUGUAAUUUUCCUCCAAACAAAGCUUAUCUUGGCGAAAUAUGGGUUACAAAUUUUAGAAUCAUUUUUGUAAAUUCAAAAGAUAACCAAACUUGUCAAAUACCAAGUUCAACAUCAUCAAAUUCAAUUUCAUCUUUAGCUUCAACCCAAAAUAUAAGUAUACUGUCUUUAAUGUCACAAUUAAAUAAUAGUCAUCACAAUCAAUCUUUUAAUUCAAGUAGCAAUAGUGUCAAUAAUACAUCAUUAAAUAAUAUAAACAAUGUAAACAACAACAACAACAACAACAACAAUAAUAUAAAUAAUAGUAGUGGUAAUAUAAAUACCAAUGGUUCUAGUAAUAAUAGUAGUACACCAUCAUCAUCCACAUCGAAUACACCAAUACCAACUUCACCAAUUCAAACUAGUGGUAGUUUUUCAAGUUCAAAUAAUUUAUUAGCAAAUGUAAAUAAUAGUAGUUCGAAUAAUUUAUUAGGUUUAACAAAUAAUAAUAGCAUGAACUCGAGUAUUAAUUCCAGUAUGAAUAAUUUCAAUAAUAAUAGUUACUAUAGUGGAGGUAAUAAAUUAUCAACACUCGAUAACACCGAAAUACCUUUAUCAAUGAUCUAUAAAUGGAAAUCCAUCAAAACGGGUCAACUUUACGAUUCUUUCAAGAUAUACUGUAAAGAUUUUCGUUGUAAAAUUAUUGGUUUCCCAAGCAGCUCUCCUUACCUAUCAAGAUUUAGAGAUUUAUUAACCAAAUGUUCAAUUCCAACCUUAGAUACCAUUUUUGCAUAUGGUAGUAAAGAGAAUAGCUUUUCAAAUACAGAGUGUUUCCCAGAUACUGAGUUGUUAAAAGAAUAUAAUAGAAUAGGCGUAUCAUGGGACCAUUGGAGAACUACAACCAUUUCAAAAGUUUGUGAAAGUUACCCAACUCUUUCUGUUGUUCCAAAAUCAAUUAGUGAUAAUGUUGUAGUAACUUCAGCAUAUUAUCGUAGCUUUGGUUUUCCAGUUUUAGCUUGGUCUCAUCCAACUCAAAAAUCAAGUAUCACCCGUGCUAUUUCACCAGAUGAUCAAAAUAAAAAUAGUAGUAAUUAUUUAUUAAGUCCAAACUCUCCAAAUAGAAAUUCUUUUGGUACCUCUGGAGGUAAUAAUGGUAGCACUUCAAAUUUAUCAAAUAAUAAUAAUAAUGGUUUAAAUAGUGAUAAAAGUGGAAACAACAUGAAUGUUAAUCAAAUAGGUCAACAUUCGCUGUCGCAACCAAUUUUACAAUCACAACAAUCCUCCAUUGAUAUUAAAAACAAUAGUUAUUCUUCAUCCAAUUCAUUAUCUUCAAAUGUAAAUAGUUCAGGGGGUAUUGUUCACAGUGGUUCAAAUAAUAAUGUAUCAUUAGUUUCACCAGUAGCCUCACCAAGAUUCCAUCAAACCAUUAGUUCAUCAUCAAUACCUCAAGUUUGUCAAGAGGAUAUUGAUUUCUUAAAGGCCAUUUUGGAUAUUAAAAGUAGUAAUAUGUUAAAUGUAUUUGAUACAGGAAAAAAUGGAAGUUAUUCAUCAACAAUGAUUGGUUGUCAAAUUGAAUUCCUUAAUCUUUUAGCACCAUCAAAAGUUAAAGAAAGAUUUAAUAAACUUUUACAUCUUCAUCUUUACCAUCCAGACUCUGAGUGGAGUGAAACUAUUAGAUUCUCUUGGUUGGAUUCCUUAAAGCCAAUAUUAUCAGCUGCUAUUAAUAUAGCGAUGCAUGUUGAUCAAGGUAGAUCAGUCUUAAUUCAAAAUUCAGGUGGUCCAGAUUUAGAUCUUUUAUUAUCAUCUCUUUCUCAAUUACUUUUAGAUCCAUUUUACAGAACAUUGGAUGGUUUCAGAGUAUUACUCGAAAAAGAAUGGUUGUCCUAUGGUUACCCAUUUUCAAAGCGUUGUCAUCUUAAAGGUAAUGAUGAUUCAUUCUCACCAAUUUUUAUGCAAUUUGUUUUUAUUGUUUGGCAAAUUUGGAAAGAGUUUCCAUCAAGCUUCCAAUUUAAUGAAUAUUAUCUCUUAAUAUUAUUGGAUAAUGUUUACAAUAGUAGAUUUGGUACAUUUUUAUGUAACAAUAUUAAAGAAAGACUCGAGAAUAAUGUUUACACCCAAACCAAAUCAUUCUGGUCUUUCCAAAGCCAAAACCAAGAAAGAUUCACAAAUUCAUUUUACAAAUUAAAGAAUAGCAGAGAUCCAUUGCCUCCAGUUCAACACCUCAAGUGUCAACGUGUAUUUCAAGAUACUAUGUGGAACGAAUAUUUCUAUCGUUAUUGUUACAAAUCAUCAUUGGCUAUAGAACAGUUUGAGGAUCGUAUUAAAAGUGCUUUACUCGAUGUUGAAAUGACAGUUAAUAAUGCAAUUUCAGCACCAGCCUCAAUAUUAUUACCUGGCUUGGAAAGUUUAGAUUUAUCUGGUCUUAGACUCUACUAUUUACCAUCGACCUAUGACUCAACUUUAUAUCACCUAACCGGCUUGAAACAAUUAAAUCUCUCAAAAAACAAUUUAAACUCUAUAACAUGCAGUCUUUCAAGUUUAGUAAAUUUAGAGCGUUUAUCACUUGAAGAAAACCAUAUAACAAAUUUCCCAAUUGAAACUAUCCAACUGCUCUCUCAAAAACUUUUUUCUUUGAAGGAAUUAAACUUAUCAUCGAAUCAAUUAAUAGAUUUACCAAACGAAUUCUCAUUAUUUAAAAAACUACAAAAGCUUUCCCUUAAAAAUAAUAGAUUCUCUACAAUCCCAGAAGUUAUCAACCAUUUGGAAAAUUUGGAAGAAUUAGAUUUAUCAGAGUUAGACCUUUCAACCAACCAAGUAGAUAAUGGAAUUCCAACUAAAUUAACAAAUCUUAAAAUUCUCUUAUUAAAUCAAACCCACAUCACCGAAUUACCAAAGGAAAUUGGUGAUCUUAGAAGCUUAGAAAGAUUAGAAUUGGAUUUUAAUACUCUUACCAAUUUACCACACUCUUUUAGAAAUCUAUUAAAACUUGAAGAUCUUUCAUUAGGUUUUAAUACUUUUGUUGAAGUUCCAAGAGAAAUUUGUUUCCUUGUCAACUUAAAACGUUUAAUAUUCGAGGGCAAUCAAUUACAAUUCUUACCAAAUGAAAUUAGUCAACUAACCAAAUUGCAAAUCUUGAACCUGCGUCAAAAUAAACUUGAUACAUUACCAGCAAGUAUCGGUCAGCUCAUAAAUUUAACUAGUUUAAAUCUUCAUAACAAUCAAUUGGUUGCAUUACGUCCAACUAUGGGUUUAUUGGUUAAUUUAAAUGAACUUAAAUUAGAUGGCAAUCGUCUUAAAACUCCUCCACCAGAAAUUGUAAUUCAAGGUUUAAAAUCAAUUUUACUUUACUUAAAAGAUUUAAUUAAAGGUCAAGAGCAAUGUUAUAAAAUGAAGCUGAUGAUUGUUGGUCAAGAAAAUGUUGGUAAAACUACUUUAUUAAAGACAUUAAAAGAUAAAAAAAAGAAAGCAGCAGGUGGACCAAAUAUUUCAACUGAUGGUAUUGCAAUUGAUAAUUGGGUUUUCUCUAGUAUAUUCGAAGAGAUAGAUGAUAACAAUCGUAUGGUUAAAAAGAAACAAGAUAUUACUCUUAGUAUAUGGGAUUUUGCAGGCCAAGAAAUUUAUUAUACAACUCAUCAAUUUUUCCUCUCUGAAAGAAGUGUAUAUAUUGUAGCCUGGAAUUGCGCAUUAGCCGAAGAAGAAUCAAGAGUAGAGUUUUGGCUUCAAUCAAUCACUACUCGUGCCAAGGAUGCACCAAUUAUUAUUGUUGGUACACAUUUAGACGAUGUUAAUAGAACUACCGCCAAAAUGCAAAAGAGACGUAUGAAAGAGAAAUACAUGAACCGUUUCCAUAAUAUCAAAGCUAUUAAAUUAGUCAGUUGCACAAGUGGUAAAGGUAUUACAAGUCUUCGUGAAAAAUUAGAGGCAUUGGUUCAAUCGCAAUCAAAUAUGGGUGAAUCGUUACCAAGAUCUUACAUGCUAUUAGAAAAUCUUGUUAAAGAGGAAACUAAAAAACGUAUUAUACCAACUAUUCCAUGGAAUGAAUUUAUUCAAAUGGGUACAAUUUGCACAAUUACAGAUGAAGCAGAAUUACUUAGAGCCACAAUGUUUUUACACCAAUUGGGUUCAUUAGUGUAUUUCCCAAAAGAGCCUGGUCUUAAACAAUUUGUUAUUCUUGAUCCACAAUGGAUUACAACUAUGCUCUCGUCAAUUAUUACAACCAAACACUCAUAUGCCAAAGAUGGUAUUUUAAUGCACAAGAGUCUUAAGCAAAUUUGGAGACCACCACAAUAUCCAAAUAAUCUCCAUCCACAUUUAAUUUCACUCUUGGAAAAGUUUGAAAUCUCUUAUAAUCUUUCACAUGACAAUAACUCAUUCGAAACAGGAAUGAGUUUAAUUCCAUCAUUAUUACUCAAUGAUCGUCCUGCUAUAUUCCCAUCUCUUUGGGGUCCAUUUAAUUCAAACAUUCAACAGUUUGGCAGAGUUUAUCAGUUCGAAUUUGUACCAAAUGGUUUCUUUUCACGUUUAAUGGUUAGAAUUUUAAAUUUUGCUCGUGUCAAAGCCAAAUGUUAUUGGAAGAAUGGUAUGAUUUUGCAAUAUGACGAAGAAACCAUCUUUUUAGAAAUGAACAACGCAAAGAAAACUCUCUCAUUUACUGUUAGAGGCGGAGUUAAUUCCACAACUUUAUCUCGUGACGUUAUCGAAACAAUUCAAUCAUUAUUGGAUGAUUCUUUCCAAUUAGCAACAUUUGUUUAUGUACCAUGCUUCCAUUGUAUAUUUUUAUCAUUACCCCAAACUUAUUAUUUCCCAUUAGAAGUUUGUGAAAAUGCCGCUGUAAAAGGUACUGGUUAUCUCAAAUGUCUUACCUACGAUGCCAAUGUCAGAACCGAUUUGUUAGUUCCCGAUCUAGUAAUGUCAAAUUUCACUGGUGCCAAAAUUCCAUUUGACCAAUUAAAGAUUGAAGAAAUGAUAGGUGAAGGUGGUGCUGCUCUUGUAUAUCGUGCAAAAUGGCAAGAUCAAACCGUUGCUGUUAAAAAAUUAAAAACUAUAGAAAAUUUAGAUUCUCCAAUCGAAAUUAACGAUAUUUCACUCUCCAAAGCUUUCAAUGAAUUCCGUAGAGAAUGCUGGGUAAUGUCAGAGCUCGAGCAUCCAAACAUUGUGCAAUUAAAAGGUUUAUGUUUAGACCCACUUUGUAUUGUUACAGAAUAUUUACCAUGUGGUAACCUUUAUAGCUUCCUUCAUAAACCUGAAUUCGAAGCAAGUUGGCUUUUUAGAUUAAAAGUUGCAUUGGAUGUUAGUAGUGGUAUGGCCUUUCUUCAUUGCAGUACUCCACCAAUCAUUCAUAGAGAUUUAAAAUCACCAAAUAUUCUUUUAGCCUCCAUAGAUGAAAAUUCACCAACAUUAGCUAAAGUUGUAGAUUUUGGUUUGUCAGGUCUUCAACAUACCAUUACAAAUAGAGGUGUUGAAAAUCCAUUAUGGCUAGCUCCAGAGAUUUUAAACAAGACUAAAGAAGCCUCUACCCAAACUGAUGUAUAUGCAUUUGGUGUUAUCCUUUGGGAAUUGGUAACAAGAAAAGAUUAUUUUGGUGAAAUUGGUUUCAUGACAUUAAUAGAAGAGAAGGUUAUUGCAGGGGAACGUCCAGAAAUCCCAUCAGAUUGUCCUGAACUUUAUGCUAAAUUAAUUAGAGAUUGCUGGCAAAAUGAUGCAUCUUUAAGACCAAAAUUCACAGAAAUUGAAGAUAGAUUAAUUAAAAUAGCAGAAUCAAUGUUCCCAGAUUUACACUUUUCUAGUAUUUACCAAAUUCAUUCUGAUCCAACAUCCCCACAAUUCCAACAUAAUCAACAACACCAAUUAAAAUCAUUAAAUUUAUCAUCGCUCGACCAAAAUCCAAUCGAUAAUGAAAUUCUUUCGCCAUCAAGCAGCAAUUUUUCAAUGUUAAAUACACCAAAAGAUAACCAAAGCGAUAUUAGUGGUCCAAUUUCAGCAAGUCACAAAAGACAAUUAUCAAGUGACAGUACCGGCAGUUAUCGUAAUAAUAGAUCAACUCAUGAUACAAUCAGUCAUUCCACAAGCAUUGCAUCAGAUUUAAUCGAUAUUGAUAAUACUCUUACAGCUCCUAUUACACCAAGAAAUAGAUCCAAAACCAAUGAAGAUGCAAUUAUAUCUAGUAUUAAAUUAACAGAUUCGCCAGCAUCAUUAGAGGGUAAUGGCAAUAAACCACAAUCCGCACGUUACCAUCACCAUAAUCACCAGCAUAACCACUAUCCAAUACAGCACUCACAAUCUCAACAAUCGAUCGACAUGGCUUCAUUAAUUGAUGCUUUACCAAGUUUAAAUAAUAAUAGUGGUAGUAGCAGCGGCGUAAACUCACCUAACCAAACCUCAUCAUCAACUCCAGCAGGUAAAAAAGUUAUGUACAUGUCAAAUAAUAGAAGAGGUUCAAUUUCGAUUCAACCAUUCCACAAUGAAUUUAAUAGGGAACUACUUCCUAAUCAAGGUACCAUACAAUGUUUAAUCAAAAUUUCAAAUAGUUCGGUGUGGGCCGGUACAGGUAAUGGCUUUAUUUCGACAUGGAAGAUCGAAGGUCCAGAGAAAUACAUCCAAAGAAUUUUCGAAGCCAACAAAGAUAAAAAACGUAUUCAUUGUUUAUAUCCAUACAUGAAUACUGUUUGGUGUGGUUCUGCCGAUGAUACAAUUACUGUAUGGGAUAGUGACACUCUCCAAAAAAUUAAAACCUAUCCAGUCCAGGGUCCAACAUGUAUCACCAGAGUUGGAAAUACUAUGUGGGUCGGUACUACCGUAAAUACUAUUCAUAUUUAUGAUUUAAAAAAGAAAACAAAGUAUAAAGGUAAAAUCUCAUUAGAUGGUCCAAUUGAAUGUCUUUUAAGAAGAGAUCAAGAAGUUUGGGUUGCAGUUUUUGGUAAUAUUGCUAGAGUCGAUAUCAAUUCAUUUAGAGUUGUUCAAAUGAUUAAAGCUCAUGAUAAAGCAAUUCAUGCCAUGAUCGAAGUAGAUGGACAAGUUUGGACCUCUUCGUCGGAUGCAUCAAUUAAAAUUUGGAACUCCUCAUGUCAAUUAGUACAAUCAAUACCUAACGCCCACAGUAGUAGAAUUUUCACUCUAGAGUUGGUUGGUGACUUUGUUUGGUCUGGAUCAUGGGAUACAACUAUCAAAAUUUGGUCCAGUAAAGAUUAUCAUAUGGUUAGUGAAAAUUCAGGUAAACAUAAAGACGCUAUUAGUAGCUUUGUAUAUAUUUCAAAUGAUCAGCUUUCAACAUCACAACAACCAAAUCAACAACAACAACAAUCACCACAACAACCAAAUAUACCUAGACAAGUUUGGUCAGGUUCUUGGGAUUCAUCAAUAUGUGUUUGGACAUUACCAAAUGAUUAUAUUAGCGCAGGUGGAAGAAAUAACACACUUUAUUCUUCAGAUAAUAGUGUAAAUAAUAGUAUCAGUAUUCAUAGUAGCAACGGUAGUGUUAUUAACAGCCCAAAUUUCCCUCCAUCACUUCCACAUAAUCCAUCAUCAUCCUCAAUAUCAUCAACAACAUCAACAAACUCUACAACAACAACAACAACAAAUAAUAACAACUUAAGCACAAUUCACGAAACAUCACCACCAUUAUCAUCAACCCCUCCACAUGGUUCAGCAACAAUAGGUCCAGCUACCAGAUCUCAAUUAGCUAGAAGAACUGUAUCUUUUGUUUUUGAUAAGUUUAAUAAAAAUAAAAAUAACUAA